UGUGCGAAAACCACCCCAGAAACUAUCAAAAUGCCGCGUCGCCCCUCCGGCUUAGCCCUCACCCCCCGCCUCCCCUCGCGGCGGCGCUUCCUCCCGUCCCGGCUCGAUACCCCGGCCCAAAGACACUGUCCCACCUCCGGGCUCCUGCCACGCCGAGGCAAUCGACAUUGUUCUCUCGCAGCCUUUCUCUUGUUGAUUAGUAGGAGCGAAGCAUGAUGGAGGUGGGCUCGAAUCCGGGGGAGGAGGACUUGGCCUUCAUGGGCACCCAGGACGACGACGACGAGGCGGGGGACAUCUCGCCGAGCUUCAAGGAGCUCGCGGCCAUCGUGGAGGCCGCUGCGGCGGCAGUAACGCCGUACGGGGACGACCGGACGCCGCGGGACGGGCUGGUGUUCAAGUCCUACGAGGAGGUGCUCAACUUCUACAAGCGCUACGCCCUGCGCACGGGCUUCGGCGUCUGCGUCAAGAAGUCCUCCUUCACCAAGGCCGGCCUCUGCCGCCGCCUCGUGCUCGUCUGCAACAAGUGGGGGAACGGCAAGGAGGAUGCCUGCUACCAGGCAAGGCCGACGGCCAAGACCAACUGCCAGGCCACCAUCGUCGCCAGGCUCUGGGGGGAUGGCCUGCUGCAUCUCACAGACGUGAACCUCGAGCACAACCACGUGCUGAACCCGUCCGCGGCGCGGUUUCUGCGGUGUUACAAGACUCAGCCUAGUGGGAUGAGUAAAGAUCUCGUAGUCAGGGCUGCCAGAGGGGAAUGCUCGGGUUCCGGUGACAUCGAUGUCCCAGUGUUUGAUGACUGGGGGCGGCUGAAGAUCGGGGAAGUGGAUGUCGUGGCCAUCAACGGUUUCUUCGCCGAGAUGCAGGCAAAGCUGCCAAAUUCCUUCUAUGUCAUGGAUUUUUAUGUGGAGGGCCAUCUAAGGAGUGUUCUGUGGGCUGAUUCGAGAUCCAGGACAGCGUAUCAGUACUUUAGCGAUGCUAUUUGGGUCGACACAACGUGCUUAAGAAACAAGUUUAAUGUCCCACUUGUUUCAUUUCUGGGUGUGAACCAUCAUGGUCAGCUUGUACUGUUAGGCUGUGGCUUGCUGUCGGAUGAGAGUACAGAGAGCUUCUUAUGGCUGUUCAAGUCGUGGUUAACUUGUAUCAAGGGAAGACCUCCAAAUGCCAUAGUUACUGAUGAAUGCGUGGCGAUAAAAUCCACGGUUCGAGAAGUGUUUCCGAAGGCACGUCAUAGAAUAAGUGAUUGGCAUGUAGUAAGAAGUAUUUCAGAAAAAUUAGGAGAGUUGCCAGAAUAUGAAGCAAUGAGAACCGAAUUGGAGACUGUAAUAUAUGAUUCUUUGAAAGAUGAUGAGUUUGAGGCAAGGUGGAAGAACUGGAUUGAUAGGUUUGGUCUUCAGGAUAAUGAAUGGAUCAUCUUUCUGUAUGAGAAUCGACACUUGUGGGCCCCUGCCUUCCUUAAGGACGCCUUCUGGGCUGGGUUGUGUACUGUUGACCAGCAUGAGAGUCCAAGUGUAUUUUUUGAGGAUUCAAUCAGCCCAGAUACCACAUUGGUGUCGUUCCUUGCCAGCUACAUGAUUCUUUUGGAGAACAAAUACAAAAUGGAGCAACAAGAUGAUUUUGAGUCAUUAAAUAGCAGCAGGGUCCUGAUAUCAAAGUUCCCAAUGGAAGAACAGUUAUCCAAAUUGUACACCUGGAAUAUGUUUAUAAAAUUCCAGGAUGAGCUAAAGGCAAGCAUGCAUUGUCAAGUUCAGCUGGAUGGAUCGACAUCUUCGUUUUUAGUUAUUGAUUUGGCUGAAGCAGGCAGUGAAACUCUGAAUAAAAAAUACGAGGUUGUUCACUGUAUGGCGACCAACAGGAUGAAGUGUAAUUGUGCUCUAUUUCAGUUUAGUGGCAUCAUUUGUCGGCAUGCAUUAUCUGUGCUCAAAUGGCAGCAAGUAUAUGAUAUCCUCCCUUGUUAUGCACUUAGCAGGUGGCGGAGUGACUUUAAGCAGUUGCACUCCCUGGAUAUUCCAUCAAAAGAUUUGGCAACAAGUAAUCAUAUUGAACGUUAUGAUUAUAUUUCUUUGCAGUGCCUUCGUCUUGUUGAGGUUGGAAUGGCAUCAGAUGAGAAGUAUCAGCGUGCAAUAAGACUCCUACGCGGCAUGAAAGAAACCCUCCUUGAUGAUAAUCUGUGCCGUGAAUUGGAGCAGAAACUUACACCAUCUGAAUGUGCAAUUGUAAAUGGUGACAACCACGCACGGCCUGGUUCAUCUGAGGGGGGACCAGCAAAAAAACGCCGAGGCCGUCCUCCUAAAAAGAGUAAAGAGAUAAGCAUGGAUUCCAUGGUAAAUCAGUAUGGUGAUAAGGACUCCUUACUAGUAUCAACUGAUGUAAGUCAGAAGGGUGCUUUUCAUUCUUCUUCGACUGCCUCAAACCUUGGUACUCAUGUCAGGACACAUGGAGUUGUUGAUCUCAUGGAAGAAGUUAAUCCAAAUGAACUAUCAUUUGAUAGCCGGUAUGGGGUGCAAUCUGGCCAUCCACACCACUUUGGUAACCAGCUGCACGCAGGAAUCACUUUGCAGUUUGGCCAACCUACAUCAGCAGCCGAGCACUCUAGGUUCCAGUGGAUGUAUCCUAACAUAUUUACGGACGAUCAAGUGCCUUAUGGCAGACGAACAUCAUAGCAAUUGGAGGCAGGGUCAAGGGGUUGCCAUUUCAGGAAGUCGGGUCGACAAUCCUUUGUCCGGGGCGCCUAAAAAUUCAGGCGUGUACACAAAGGCAGGCCAGGCCAAAUGGAGUUGCCCUCGGGAUGCAGUAGAUUCAUCUUACACAAGAGGGUUGGAAACACAUGCUGUGACGUUCUGCUCAGGUGGUUUCUUUUGUAGGAACGUAGUGUCGCUCAUCUUACCGCAACUAACAUGUGUAUAUAUAUCAUCUUGAAAGAAGUCAUCACUUUUUCCUUGUUCGAAAAAAAAGAAAUCGUCACUUUUGCCUUUGUUAUCUUCCAAAGAGUGCUGGUGGGGCUCAUUUCGCCUAUCUUGCACUGUUUGGAAGACAAAAAUGGCUGUGUGAUUGAAUGGCUUUUCUGUAACCUGGUCUUGUCCCUG